AUGUCCAAAGCAAGCAGUGAUACGGUAAUCCCAUUCGACUCUCUCCCACUAGACCCAACAGGCCCACGAGGAAAUGCCUGGGGUCGAUUUGGAACAGAAGACCAACUUGGGACAUUGAACCUGCUCACUCCUGAGCGGGUGGUUCAAGCCGCAAAGGAAAUCCAAACUGGUGUACGGAUCUCGCUUGACUGGCCGUUGAGCAUGCCUUCGCAUCCCAGCUUCAAUCGCCAUCCAUUUAAGCAGGAGCUUGUUCUUCGGAAUCCGAAUUGUAUUUAUGAUGACAUCCUGACAUUCAAUAGCCAGGGGUCCACUCAAUGGGAUGGAUUAAGACAUUAUGCAAAUCAAAAGUCCCGACAGUUCUAUAACGGACAUACUACAGAAGAGAUAGAGAGCUCGGAUAUCAUUGGACUUCACUCCAUAUGUGAACAGGGUGGAAUAACAGGUCGCGGUGUCCUCCUCGACUACGCAGAAUGGGCCACCACAAACUCAAUCUCCAUCUCCGCCCUCAAAUCCGAGGCUAUCACUCUCGAAAACCUGAAACGAGUAGUCAAAGAUCACCACCUCAAUUUCCAAAAGGGUGACAUACUAUUCAUCCGCAGCGGCUUCACGGCCGCAUACAACCAGCUGGACAACCAACAGCGAAAGGACCUGGCACUCCGAUCAGCGCCUGAUUUUAGCGGCAUCGAAGCAACGGAGGGUAUGGUGCGAUGGUUAUGGGAGCAUCAGUUCUCUGCUGUUGCUGGCGACGCACCGAGCUUUGAGCGUGCGCCUAUCAGGGGUGCUCAUGCGGAUCCGAAUUUCAAUUUACAUGAGUGGGUGCUAGCGGGUUGGGGAACACCUAUCGGGGAGAUGUUUGAUUUGGAGAAGUUAUCGGAGCAUUGCAAGGCUAGUGGACGGUAUAGCUUUUUCUUGUCCAGUAUGCCUUUGAAGGUAGGUGUCUCUUGA